UAUGUUCCACUAUUCCUGGGUGAAAUAAUUAUGUGUGGCUGUUCAGUAUGGCCAAAUUUAAGUUAAUAAUCAGGGAAAGGUAAUGCCCUCAUGUCACCUUUACGAUAUUAACUUUAAACAGUCCAUCAAUAUUUUCGAUCACAAUCUGCUCUUACUUUUGCUAAUUUUGAUUACAUUGUUUUGCGAGUUGUUCAAAUUAAUUGUAGUCUAAGUGAUAUACUCAGGAGCAUAUUUCAAAUGUAUCCUUGGAUAUAAGCGAUGGUUGUGCAUAGACCACAAAACUCUGGAAGUUGAUAAUAAUAGACAGGAUAUUUAAGAAAUAAAAAGGACUCUGAUCAAAUAUGAGAGAUUGAACGAUCGGGAAUACAACUUGACUUUCUUUGCCUUCAUGAACUUUAGACAGAUAUAACUAUAGCCAAUUUGAUAAAACCCAGAAUUA